AUCAUUUUUCAAUCGGAGAAUCAGUGGCUCCCGUUUUCUCCAUAAUAUUUUGUCUAAUAAGGUGAUAAAAAAACUAGUUAACACAAAAAAGAAAUCAGCAGCGCGAUGGUUUCUUUUGAAAUGAAUGACCGCAAGAAAGAACACAGUAAUUUUCUUUUUAAAGAUUGGGUUGGGCUUCCUAACUUCGAUUUUAUGAGAGCCGACGUGUUCGAACCUAAGAAUCUCGAAAUCUACGUGUCACCCAGUCAACUCAACGACCUCCUUCUUCAACCUCUUAAAACCCUGUAACUCAAUAGACCACACCAAAACGGCAUAAAAAUGCACCGUUUCAAGUCUGUCCUCCACUACAGCUACCACCAUCAUGCACUCGACAAAACUACUAGCACCUCCCUCCUAAAUUCCCGGUCCGUGAUCCGGUUCAGCGGUUCAGACACGGUCAAAUUCCUUCAAGGUCUAUUAACAAAUGAUAUACGGAGAUUCAAUGAAACACCAAGUGAAGCAACAUCUUUUCUCCGUAUACCCAAUUUAGCUAUCAGAUCUGCGCCUAUACGCGGCGCUUGACUCCCUCAAGGGAGGUUUUUGUAUGAUUUGUUUCUGUAUAGACCAACACGUGCCGGCGAGAAGCUUAAUAAAUCAGGCUCGGGACCCGAGUCGGACUCUAAUGGAUCGAUUGAGCUGUUGGCUGAUGUGGAUACUUAUGUUCUUGAUGAGCUAUUGCACACUUUUCAAAGGUAUUUCUGACGCGGAUAUCGUUUAAGGUCAAAGGUUGAAAUUGAGAAUGUGGGAGAGUUCUCUUGUUGGCGGCUUUGGCGGGAACCUUACUUGAAACGUCCAAAGUUGUAGAUGAAUCGAGGAGAGAUAGUGUUGGUUUGGGGUUACGGUGUUGAUCGUCUUUGCUAGGUCAUCCGCUCGAGGGAUGGUCAUGGAUGGCAAUGGUUUAAAGAUCCUAGAUUGGAUUGUCUUGGCUUGGGAAUCUUUCCAUCUAAUCGGACACCACCUUUGGUUGAGGUACACGAAACAAAUGAGAAAAAUUACCGAUUGUGGAGAAUAGAGAACGGAGUUCUUUGAAGGUUCAACUGAGAUUCCAAAGGUGAAGCAAUUCCACUUGAAUACAAUCUUGCUAGUUUAAAUGCAAUAAGCUUUGACAAGGGUUGCUAUGUGGGGCAAGAGCUUGUUGCUCGACACUACGGGGGGGUCAUUCGCAAACGUCUGCUUCUUUUAAUGUUUUUAGAUGAUAGUGGAAGGGAGGUGGAGGAAAAGUUGCUCCCUGGCUCGGAAGUGAUAGACACUACAUCCAGUAAGAAGGUUGGUUUUGGUGCACUUGGUUGUCGAGGGCUAGGUGUUCUGCGAUUGGAGGAAGCAUGGAAAUGGUUGGGGUCCUUGAUCAUAGAGGGCCAGGAUGAUCUGAAGGUUGAGACUAUUAGACCAAAAUGGUGGCCAGCUGAAUGGUUUCCGGAGCAUCAAUAGCAUAGCGCAGUUGCUUAGGAAAUGUUACUAGGCAAGGGUUUCCUGCUGCUUAACUUGAUCGACCCUGCACAUUCUUGGCCUCUUCACCGGCGGUGCAGGUAGGUCAAAAACUUGCAUGUUGCACCCUUAUUCUAUAGGGAGAAAAUAAAGAGGAUGUGGAAACACACUUUGUACUAGUCCACAAACAUCCAUCAGUGCAAGAGUCAGUUUGGGAGUUUGAGUUUGGAAGGCAUUCUGCAGUUCAUAUCUUAUUUCUCUUUUCAUUUUGUUAUUUCAUGGUGCAAAUAAGUUAAAAAUAGAAUUCAUUAUAUUUGAUUACUUAUUUCAUUUUCUUCUUUUCAAACGCUGAGAGAUCUUAGUUUUGUAAAAUGAAGCAGAAUCUCACAUAUUUUUAAGUUUGUCAUUCGGCUUCUA